CAACAGAGGGUGGUGCAAGAAUGGGCCAGACCUCACAAUGGACAUGUGAGCCUCUAGCUUGCAGGUCCAAGGGGUUGCCAGGCUGCUACCCUGCUCUUUCCACUCAGAGAAAGUCCAAGUGUGUCCUACUGUGCUUAUCUCUGCCACACUGUGGCCUCAUAGAGUUGUGGGUCUCAUAAGGUUGUGGACUGCAACCCUGAGCUGGUGGAGGGACUGCCUGGACAGUCAGGGUGUUAGGUCUCCCCGGACCUACUGGGCUGACACCAGCAAUAUCAGGGCUAAAGCACAUAUUUAGGUUCCAAAGUCCACCUUGAGCAGCAGCAGGGGCUUGUAUAUCUUUAUGGACAUGGGGCCUUGACUCACAUCUGUGCCUGUGGAGAGGUCUAGGGGCUCUCAGCUACCCUUGAGGGAACUUAGGUCAUGUUGGAUAGAGGAGCAAACAGGGAGGGAGAUGCUAGGAUCUCCCAGAAUUGCAGCCUGGAAGCCUUCAUCCUGACCCCCUGCAUCAAGCUGGGCAUAGAGCAACUGCUCUUUCUGCCUGGGCUCUGCAGCCUUCAGAGGGGUGGGGCUGAGCUGCCCUGGGGGCUUGCACACGUGUUGGCUGUGUCUCCUUGCCAUGGGGUUGGACAGGAGCAGCCUCUGCUUCUCCCUGCUCCAUCCCACUCCUUGUGACCACGACAGCCUGUACAUAUGGCCCUCCUUUAAGCCCUUUAACAAUGCCUUGUCACAGACACUCCCCCAUCCUGCUUGUGAACUCCACUGAGGAGCCCCUUCUUGGCACGCUCACCCUCAGAACCCCAGCUAGGGUCCCCAUCACAGGACUCUGGCCACCAGGGUCACAAUGACUUCUCCAUUGCCAAAUCAGCUUUGUCCUACCUCCCAGGGUCAGAGGAGCCAGGAAAAGCCACCAUUCACUGGAAGGGACCCCCACUGCUUUCUCCCAGCCCUGCAUACUGUAGGUCUGUCACCCCAGCCUUACCUCCCCUGCCUAGGGUGUCUAGUCCUGCUCCUGCUUCAGUCUCUUGGACCAAACCUGUCUGGGCUUCUUUUCAGCUUCACUGGCAGCCCCCACACCUGGCAUAGCAUCUUCAGUGUGACGGUGAAUGAGUCCCUGGGUGUGACCAUCUGGGAGCUGUUUGAGCUGGGCACACAGCCCUACCCUCAACAUUCAGACCGACAGGUGCUGGCCUACGCCGUCCGGGAGCAGCAGCUUAAGCUGCCCAAGCCGCAGCUACAGCUGACCUUGUCUGAUCGCUGGUACGAAGUGAUGCAGUUCUGCUGGCUGCAGCCGGAGCAGCGGCCCACGGCUGAAGAGGUGCACCUGCUGCUGUCCUAUUUGUGCGCCAAGGGCGCCACCGAGGUGGAAGAGGAGUUUGAGCGGCGCUGGCGCUCCUUGCGGCCAGGCGGGGGCAGCGCUGGCUCCGGGCAAGGCACAGCAGGUCCUACGCUGGGCGUGGCGGCUGAGUUGGCUGCGGCCUCAUCCUUCCCACUGCUGGAGCAGUUCACGGGCGAUGGCUUCCACGGCGAUGGGGACGAUGUGCUGACGGUGACCGAGACAAGCCGAGGCCUCAACUUCGAGUACAAGUGGGAGGCAGGCCGUGGUGCAGAGGCCUUCCCGCCCAGCCCGGGCCACACCACGCGCCUGCAGGAGCUGUGCGCUCUCGACAGCGCACCGCUGGGCGUGGUGCCGGUGCUCAGCGCGCACAGCCCCUCGCUAGGCAGUGAAUACUUCAUCCGCCUGGAAGAGGCCGCACCCACCGCGGGCCACGACCCCGACUGCGCUGGUUGCGCCCCCAGCCCCCACGCCGCCACCGCCGACCAAGACGACGACAACUCGGAUGGCAGCGCCUCUGCCUCGCUGGCCAUGGAGCCAUUGUUAGGCCAUGCGGCGCCAGUGGGCAGCCCCUGGGGCCGUCGCGACCACCACCUGCGCAGGAGCCGGGACCGGGACUCGCCCUGCCCCUCCCGCUCACCCUCACCGACUGCGGAGGACAUAGACUGGGGAGAGGCUGCUUUCUGCCCACCCUUUUUUGAGGAGCCCCUGGGUGCGUCCCCUUCUUCGUGUUCAGGGGCUCUGCUGACCGAGGGUGAGGAGGAACUGGGGGAGGCCGAGGCACAGAGAGCAACCCAGCGUGGACACUGGAGCUCCAACAUGUCAGCCAACAACAACAGUGCCAGCCGCGACCCUGAGUCCUGGGACCUCGGUUAUGUGGGCAGCUACCCUGACAGCUACAUGGAUGACUCCCUCAGCCCAGUGCAUACCCUGCGGGCCUCCCCACAGUUGGGCCACCCCCUGGCCCAGGAGGGCCCCAGAGAGCCUCUGCUUGGGCCACAGUCAGUCUCCCUUAGCCCUGAUUCAGGCCGCCGCCUCAUCCUUCCUCAUCUGGGCUCUGCCCAGGGCCUGGCACCUGCUCCCUGCCAGGUCAUAUCCCCCUGCACUGGGGCAGUCAUGAGUGGAGGUGACAACCCCCAAGCAGAACCCAGGCUUGCCCAGGAAGCUGAGGACUCUGCUGGACUCCAACUGUUCCUUCCUUCUGUCCCAUCCCCAUCCCAUGAGGGAGCUCCUCUUCCCUCUGAGGAUGCCAGUGCUCCUGACACCCUUCCAGCUUCCCCCACAUCUGCUGCUGGCAGCCAAGUGACAGUCCCAGAGCUAGUCCUGACCCUCGGCAGCAGCACCAGCUCUCGCGAGGUGGAGGAGCCCAGCAGUGAGGAUGAAGACACAACAGAGGCCACUUCGGGUGUCUUCACUGAUGUGUCCAGCGAUGGCCACCAGGCUGAGAAGCCUGAUGUAGUGCCAGCCUUACGCUCUCUGCAAAAGCAGGUGGGGACACCUGACUCCCUGGACUCCUUGGACAUCCCGUCCUCAGCCAGCGAUGGUGGCUGUGACAUCUCCAGCCCAUCUGCUGCUGGCCCCCCUGGUGGGCAGCCCCGUGCCCUGGACAGUGGCUAUGACACAGAGAACAAUGAGUCUCCUGAGUUUGUGCUCAAGGAGGCCCAUGAGGCCAGGGAGCUGGCAGCAGACCCAGGGCCGGAGACCCAGACCUCAGCCUCCCUGGGUGGCCUCAGUGAGAAGAACCCCUACCGAGACUCUGCCUACUUCUCAGACCUAGACGCUGAGUCUGAGCCCCCCUUGGGCCCUGAAAAGAGCAGCCCAGUCCAAUCCUCCGGGCAGAGCCCGGGCCUGCAGUCUGUGCAGACCUCUCCUAUGCUUGGGGCUCUGGGGGAGGCACCCAGUGCUGGUCACAGGGAGGUGCUACCACCACUGCUGGGGAUCCAAGAGUCUCCCCCAGAGCCAGGAGCCUGCCUCUCUAGCCCCAGGCCAGAGCCUCCUGCGUCCUUAGGCUCAGCUGAGGAGCAGCCUAUGCCCAGCCUCGGCUCCUCCAAGUUCUUCCUGCUGACUCCUGUUCCGCGGAGCCCAGAAGGUGAUGGCACAGAACUCCAGGGGCCCCCAGGACUGUCCUCAGGGUGGACAGGGAAUCCAGGCACCCCCAGAGCUCCGCUCUGCCUGGCCCUGCCUGGGAGCCCUGGGGCCUUGGAGGGCCGGCCAGAAGAGGAAGAGGACGACAGUGAGGACAGUGAUGAGUCGGAUGAGGAACUCCGCUGCUACAGCAUCCAGGAACCUAGCGAGGACAGUGAGGAGGAGUCUCCCGCGGUGCCUGUGGUGGUGGCCGAGAGCCAGAGCGCACGCAACCUGCGCAGCUUGCUCAAAAUGCCCAGUCUGCUGUCCGAGACCUUCUGUGAGGACCUGGACCGCAAGAAGAAGGCUGUGUCCUUCUUCGAUGACGUUACCGUCUACCUCUUUGACCAGGAGAGCCCCACCCGGGAGCUCGGGGAGCCCUUCCCCGGUGUGAAGGAGGCGCCUCCAGUGUACCUGCCGGGCAGCCCCGGCUCAUCCAGCACCCCCAGCUGGCCAAGGCGCAGUGACCGCUCUCCGGAAGACUCUGCAAUGGAAAAGGUUUCAGGCGGCGGGUUCGAGUGGGACAACGACUUCCUUGGGGUGCCGCCUAAAGGGGCCUUGGUGACCACCCUGGGUCCGGCCGCACCCGCCCCUGCCGUGACCCCCACACCGGCCACAACUGCGCCCAUCUCGCGCUUCACCGUGUUGCCCGCGCCCGAGUCCCGCUUCUCCAUCUCGCACGUGUCGGACGCAGACGCCAAGUCUGUGGGAGGCCCUGCAGCAAGCGCUGGAGGCGAGUACACAGAAGCUUGAGGCCCAGGCACUCUGUCCUACAGCGACAGGCAUCACUGGAGCCUCUGCUGUCCUGCCCUGGGCAGCAGCAAGAAUGGUGACCAGGAAUGAGUGCGGACAGCAGUCUCAGCAGCAACAGAUCCAGGAUCACGGCGCCCCACGUGGCAUCCUGGAGAAGCAGGUGGACGGGAGGCCCCUCUCCAGCCCUGGACGGUAGACUGUGCACGCUGCCUGUGUCACCCUGGGGACACAAUGUGUCCUGGACACUAGGUUUUGCUGCCAGCACCCCCAGGAUGGCCCGGCCUGAGGGCUAUGGGUAUCUGGAUACACAAACAUAAACACUUAAAAGGACCCCUACAUCUUACAUCCCUGGGCCUGGCUGGCCCCAACCCUGCAGCUGCCUUUCCACUCUGGCUGCUGCCUUUGGACUGCUCCACCAAGGCUGGGAGACCUGCCCUUGGCCAUGGGCCUGCAUGCCGUGCCUGGCUGGCUCCCUCCAUCUGUUCACGGGACACUUGCGCCGUUGGCUGGACAGGGCACAGCCCCCAAGGUGGCCAUCAGACCUGCCCCUCGCUCUCUUCUAGGUCUGGGUUUACACAGUGCCAGGACAGGCCCCUGGGCUAGUGUCCCCACACCCUCAUCUGAGUCUGUGGCUGACUUCCCUUCACUGCCUCCCCCGUAAGCUCCUCUGCACAGGGUCUGGCUGCUCCCGCUGGGGUUCUGAUGAGUUCUGGUAUCUGAUGAGCUCAGGCACCCAGAGGGCUUCCAGGCUGCAUCCCCCAACCCUGGCCCUGUUCUUGAGGUGUCCCCAGCAGGGCAGUGCCCUAUCCCGUGCCUGGCACCAAAGGAGAGUAGGGGCUGUACCCCAGUCAGCAUUGGGGCUCCCGCCUUCGGGAUGAUGGGGUACAGGGAAGGGUGGGGCUGGGUGGCUGGGUAGCACAGGGACUAUUUUUGUAACAGCUAUUGCUGGAAUGAAUAGAAAUGGGGUGAUUCUAAGUUAUUGUUGCCAAAGAGAUGUAAAGUUUAUUGUUGCUCUGGGGGUGGGGGGUAGUUGAUUUUGGUUUGUGUUUUGUUUUUUGAGGCUUAGGACGCUGGUGCAAUUAUUUUUGUUUGUUUUUUAAGAGAAACCAAGCUAUGAAACAAAAGUUCUUGUGCUUGGCAUGUUUUCUUUUGGGGUCGGUAUGAAGCCCUGUGCUGAGGGGAUCAAGGAUGGGGUAAGACCCAGUUAGCAGCUCUGCCUGGUGACAGGAAGGACACUGGCUCUUCCUCCUGUCCUGCUCACCUUGCCCUGGUGACCUGCCACUGCUGUGCGUGGGCAGGGUGAAGAGGGUGGAUUUAAGUUUGUACCUCACAGGCAGCUCCCUGGAAGCCUGUCCUCCGAGGCCAGCGCCUGUCCUUCAGCCCAGCUAUGGGUGAAGGAGACUUGAGGAAUUGGGUCAUCUAUGCUCCCUGCUGUCCUGGCCCUGUGUCCAGCCGUGUGCCCACCAAAGCUCUGUGCCCUCAGCCUCCUGAGCAGGGUGUGGGCAGGAGGCUCUGGGCUACAGCCCUUGGGGUAGAGUCUCUGAGUGAGUUUUUCCCAGACUUCUCUCCAGACAAGGACUGCUGUCACCAGCUCAGGUCACCCCAUGGUAUUGAAUCCAAAGGCGGCACAAAGGAGAUUUGUAAAUAAAAAUUUUAAAGUCUUGUA